UGCAUCCUAACGUGAGCCAGGGUUGCCAAGGAGGGUGUGCUACAUGUUCUGACUACAACGGAUGCCUGUCAUGUAAGCCCAGGCUCUUUUUUGUUCUGGAGAGGAUUGGCAUGAAACAGAUCGGAGUAUGUCUUUCUUCGUGUCCAAGCGGAUACUAUGGGACACGGUAUCCCGACAUUAAUAAGUGUGCAAAAUGUAAAGCUGAUUGUGAUACCUGCUUCACCAGAAACUUCUGUACAAAAUGUAAAAGUGGGUUUUACUUAUUCAGUGGGAAGUGCCUUGAAAAGUGCCCUGAUGGGCUGGAAGCCAACAAUCACACGAUGGAGUGCACUAGCAUUGUGCACUGUGAAGCUAGUGAGUGGAGUCCAUGGAGCCCUUGCACAAAGAAAGGAAAAACAUGUGGUUUCAAAAGAGGAAAUGAAGUAAGGGUCAGAGAGAUCGUACAGCAUCCGUCAGCAAAGGGCAAUCCUUGCCCAGCUACAAGCGAGAGCAGAAAAUGUAUUGUACAAAGAAAGAGAUGUCAGAAGGAAGGAAAAGGGAAAAAAAAUAGGGAGGAGAAAAGAAAAAAGUCCAACAAAGACGAAAGCAAGGAGACGAGACAGGAAAGCAAAGGGCGAGCAGCCCGAAGACAAAACCGAGAACAGAGGGAAAACAACAACAAAACGCAGCCGAAGAAAAGAAAAGCCCCAAAUAAAGAACAGAACCUGGCACCCGUCGACACUGCACAUUAACAGCCCUCCAUGAUUGUUUAAGUCUUAUGAUGCUGCUAUCUCUACCAGAUCGCCCUGACAGGUGCUCCAACCGUUCAGGCUGCAAAUGGACAAUGCUACCAGUUAUUAUUAAACUUUAAACAACAUUCCAAAUACUUCCUAUAUUCUCCAAGCAAUCAUAGUUUAUUAAAGAGAUUGACAUGAGCCAAGAAAAAAAUAAAUCUAAAAAUGGGAUACUUUAAAACUGUUAUAUUAUAUGCUUCCAUGCAUCUGUAAAAGGCAAUUAAGAAAUUUUGUAUAUAUUAAUAAUAGGGUAUAAAAUAUAGCAAUAUAAUAAUGAAUGACACUCAGAUGAACAAUGUUCUUUUUCUUUGUAAAAUAUUUUUCAAGUUAUUGUUUAAGUAUGAGGCAAGAGAUAUGUCUAAAUCAAAGACACAAACCGUAUCCCUUCAUAUAUUGUACAUAAAUAUUAAGAGAAGGAGGAAAACAUUUCUGAAGAGCCAGUAGGAACCCAAUGUUUUAUAACCUGUGGUGGAGCAGGAUGGAUUGUCCUGUGAUUCCCUGGUCCAGACAUAGGUGAAAAACAUCAGAGGAAACCUGAUAGAGCUUCACAAGCUGAGUGAAAAGAAGCAGAAGCAUCUGCCUCUUUGAAGACUGCAUCCAUGAGGCAGAAGGCUAUGGAGCUGAGCUUGAAUAAUGCUCUUAUUUGUGGGGCAACACAAUGUUUUCUGGUCUAAACAGUGGUACCGUGUGUGCUGUUUUAUGCUUUUUAUACCUAUGUGUAACUUAAGUCUACAUUUCAAAUCUUCUGGUGAAUGACAAAUCAUAUUUGUAGGAGACAAUGUUGAGUUAAUAAAAACCAGAAAAAUAGA